AGGGCAUCUAUGAAAUCUUUUAUUAAAUUAAUGAAUCGUAUUUAAUAAAAAAAUGAUAAUGGCGUCAACGGUUUACAUGAAGCGCGUCUUUAAAGACAUUCCGCCAUCCUUUUCUUACCCAAACUCGACUAAUGUGUAGUUACUACUUUCAUCACACGAAUCUUUUUAUGACUACAGCUUCGACUUGGAGGAGUAGAGUAGAACGAUAUUGAGGUAUUUCCCGUUACCUUCACACGAUGUGUUUUGUACUUAUCUCUUUCACGUAGACAAUUUAGCCGCGCGUUUGAAUGUGAAAAUACAAUUAAGUUUUCAAUAUUGAAUUGCAGUGAAGGAAUUAAAGUAUUUAUAUGAAGACUUACACUUAUCACAGUUUGGUGAAUUAAAAAUAACAGGAAAAUGUUUACAACAAACACAGUGCAGGCCGGUACAGUACCGACUCUGCAAUAUCAAGAACAUCCCACACAAAAGUCCCUCGGGAAAAAUAUAGAAAAUGUACAACAAAAGAACAAUCAACAAGCACAACAAACUCAGCAGGAAUUUCCAACAUUUUGCUAUACCACAAAUGUAAAUAUGAUAGGGAAAAUUGGUGCAACAACAGCUAAUAAUCCUGGAGGUGUUCCAGCUAGUGUCAAUAUAGCACAGCUCACAACUAGUGAUGAUAAGACAUGCUACUUAGCACAACCUUUCUCAUAUAAUUAUGCUUUAGUGAAUCAAAUGCAACUAGCACCAAACGGGAUUCAAAAUACAAUAUCUAAUAUUAGCUUUAAAUGUGAUGUUUGUGGUCUUAUGUUUGGCCAUCUGGCACUAUUGAAUGCACAUAAGAGAAUACAUGCUCAAGAUACAGAAAACAACAUAACGGUUGUAGCAACGGGUGUAAGCAGUGCUAAUGAUGUUGGUAUGCCACCACAUAUACAAAUACUCUCAUCAGAUCCUAAUGAGCAGCAACAACUGGCUGUACAAGUACAAGACACAAAACCAGUAUCAACAGUAUUCAAUAGGUUGCAAGCUUGUAUAACAUGUGGAAAUGAUAUUCCCAAUAAUCCUAAAAGAAAAGGGCCUAAACUUAUAAGAUGUGAAAAGUGCAUUGAACAAGAAGUAAAUGUAAAAUUCACGGUACAGACCGACCCUCUGUCUGACUCGCGGAACAAUCAGCAACAACAGCAGUCUCAACCACAGCAACAGCAGCAACAACAACAACAACAGCAGCAGCAGAAACCUUUGCCCGGACACCAUCCUGUGAAAAAGAGAAACCUGGCCUCUGUUACAAAAUGUACAAACUGCAAUGGCUCUGGUAUAAUAUUCGUUGGUGGUAAUAAGAACAAGAAUUACAUCCAGAACCCAGACAAGGCUUACCAUUGUAAUAUAUGUGGUGGAUCAUUCUCGAGAUACUCAUCGCUGUGGUCCCACAAGAAGUUGCAUUCGGGUGAAAAGAACUAUAAAUGCGGCAUUUGUGGUAUCGCCUUCGCUAAAGCUGUUUAUCUGAAGAACCAUUCCAGGAUACACACAGGCGAAAAGCCUUACAGAUGUAACACAUGUGGAAUGCAGUUCUCCCAGUCUCCUCAUUUGAAGAAUCAUGAACGAACACAUUCCGGGGAGAAACCAUAUGUUUGUGAGGUAUGUGACAAGGGAUUUGCUCGACACGCGACACUGUGGAAUCACCGGCGGAUCCACACGGGAGAGAAGCCGUACAAAUGCGACACAUGCGGCUCCGCGUUCAGCCAGGCCGCUCACCUCAAGAACCACGCGAAGGUGCACUCGGGGGAGAAGCCGUUCAAGUGUGACAUCUGCACGGCGGCCUUCGCCGACCGGUUCGCGCUCAAACGACAUAAAGGGAUUCACGAUAAAUACGGCCAAACAGCGCCACUGCCUUCAAGAGUACAGCAAUCAUUACAAGAACAGACACAGCAACAAGAUUCUCAAAGUCUCAACAAUACCCAACAAAGCAAUUCUCAGCCGGAUGAAGUGGAACACUGCUCGGAGAAUCUAUGAAACACCUCCAUAUAACAUGCUAACAACACCUUCCAGGAAAUAUACUUCUGUGCCAUGUCAGUGUUGGGUCCUAUUUUAACAAGGCCAAGAAGAAUCAGUUUUGUGUUGAACCAUUGGAUUACACAAGUCGCUAACAGCCUAGCGAAACUCUCUAGCAAAGUGAUUGUAUGUAACAUGCAGUCAUUGAUAGACUGACAGAUGGUGGCUAUAAUCUUGUAAAUAUGGAGAUAGCCAUAAUAAACUACGUUUUAAGCAACUGUUCGCUUUCAAACUUAGCCGGAUUAUACUUCAUCACCAUAUUGUAAUUACCAUUUCAAACUUAUGUCAACUCUCACUGCAUGUUUCAUACUAAACUAAAUUUCAGUUUUUACUUAGGAAGUCCUUCCUGCCUCUUAUUAUGUACAAUUUAUAUCCUCUUUGGUAGGCUACGUGUAAUAUGUUAGUGUUAUGACUUUAAACAUUCUAAAAAGACUUAAAAAUACUCGGAAGACUAGUCAAGGAGAGAACUUAAGAAUUAAACAGCUUUCAAGAUCUGAUCAGAUCCUACUGGCUACUAACAUCUCAGAGAGUAUAUGGAUUACUAGUAUUAGUACUCCAAGGUGAUUUGAUAACGUCCAAAUACGAUUAUUAGUUAACGUUAAGUAAUUUAAACAGUUUGUUGUUUUCAAGUGAUAUUCCUUGUUUAUAUUCCUUGUUAUUAAAUAUACAAACUUAAUUUGUACCAAAAUUAAUGAACGAUGCGGGACUGGGUCCCGCGCCUCUCGAGUUUAGUCCGAGCGCUCUUACUAACUGAUUUUACCGUCCGAGUGACGCAUCGAUCGUAAAUCUUGGUAUGUCUUGCUAAUCGUUUCUUCGUCGUCGCAUCGUCCAUAAAUUUUGGUUCAAAUUGUUGUAUAUUAAGUAAUUUAUCUUAUUCUCUCACUUCAUUGUAUCUUUCACUCUUGGGUUGAUGGGCGCAGUAAUACUGUACGACCCCAAUGACAUCUGCUGCGCCGUUGGUCUUUUUGAAUUUUGAUAGUUAAAACCACAGAGUAAUGAAAAAUACAGAGUCCAGUUAUACUGUUUUAAAUGUCCUGCUACUCAGCGAUCUGUUUUUAAAUAAUAAUCUAAGCUGUCAGUUUGUCAUCAGUAAGUAUAUCCUCAGGACAGACGUGCACCCAGUGGCGUAGUCUUCAUCUUCAGUCUGCGAAUCUUAUCGUUAUUUCUGGUAUUCUAUUUCUCUAAACGUGAGUGAAUCUACAAUUCAGUCAGUAAUACUAAAGAAAUUUAUUCAGAGGUAGCUAACAGCAAGCAAAAGGUUUCGAAAUCGCUAUAUAACUGAAACUGUCCCUAACGUCUAGAAAACAUUUGGAUUUACAAUAAUAUACACUUUAAAGUUGGUUAUUUAACCUGACUUCUUCAUUUCCCAGGCCCAAUUGAAAUAUGAUAGGCUUAGAUAAUUUAUACCGCUCAAAAUAUAGGUUAACUGUCAACCUCAUUUUUCGACGAUUUCACAGCUGUCAGUCUAUCCAGACGUAUAAAUGAUCUAAGAUGAUAGGCAAUUUUUUUUACAAAUUAUAGUAAUACAUUGCUAGUUUAGAAUGACAAUAAUUCGAAUCCGGAUCAAUUUAACGAGCUAUGUAUGAGGUUAAUAACGAUUCUGUAGAUAAUUAGAAAACUAGCCAAGUACAGAUUACGUGCGAGUUGAAUACAGAGUUCAGGAAUGCGAUAGUGCUGUGACUUAAUUAUAAUUGAAGACCAUAAUUAUAACUGUGUCGAUAAAUUUAAACAAUGCUUCAAGUUCACUGUUUAACACGAGGUGAAAAUGAUGAAAAAAUAUUUUAACAAUUUUAACCUAAUAAUAAUUAUUAAAUCUCACAAUCUUGUUCUGCUUUUUGUCAACACAUGUCUAAAACAUUAUUCGAGAUUUCUCGUGCUUGGCGAUGAAUAAAUACUCGUUGUUUUUUGGAACGGAACCUGAUGGAUCUGUCGUCAUAAUUAAAAUAAAAAAAAGUAUAUGUAUAAUUAUACAUAGUGCUGCUUGCGUGAAUACAUGCACGCAAGAAAUUAUACUUCUUUGGCCUAAGGAAGCAAAAAUCAUUAAAAUGAUUUAUUCCUCGUGCUAUUCUACUUUUUAAGAAAGAUCAAUCAAAGAGGGCUUUGACAAUUAAUUAUGAAUACGGCUGUAUGGGCUUGAACGGCCUGUCCUAAUAAUGGACAAAAACCAAAAAAAAAAUUGCGAGUGACGCAAAUGUCAAAAACCAACUUCAACCUGUUACUUUUGUGUUGCGUGUUAUGUUGAUGCGCGCGCAUCUUAAAAUUUCACUCUCAUCAUUUUUUCAUAACGCGCCUAAAGAAGCAUAACUUCAAAAUCACGUGAUGGCAACUUUAGGACUUACUUGCUGACCCGACAGACGUUGUUCUGUCAAUAAACGGUUCGAAAGAUAUGGUAAAUGCGUGGGUGGGAUCGUGACACGACAAACUAUAUAGUAACAUUCAUUGAGCUUCAACGAAUCUAAUACAAAAUAUUUCAUUCACAUUUCAUUCACAAACUAUUCGACCGAUUCACAUCGGUCGAAUAGUUUGGAGUUAUUAGGGAACAUACAUUCUCUUUAAUAUAUAUAGAUUAACGCGAUAACAAGGUAAGCGACGUCUACGGCACAGCACAUCGAGAGAUAGGCCGCUCUUUACCUCAAGCCCCGGCUGCAUUCAACUCGCGCGAUAAAUGUAUAAGUUUUGCUCCCAGUAUUAUUCUGCACUUCUGCCCGUGGAUUCACUAAUUAAAUUAUUUCUACACAAAGCUGUAUUACACAACUCAUGUGAUCAUAAAAAGAACUACACUUGCUAUGUCUCAUUUUAUUACUGAUUUUUCCUUCACAAUUAUACCUUUUCAAGUAUCACACGAAUGUCCAUUUUGCUUAUCAUUUGGAAGGAAGAACACUGCAAUAAUUAGACAGUAUUUUAAGAGGCUCAGAGACUGACAAAAAUACCAAAAUAAUAUUGUGUUAUUUAUUCUGGGCAUGAUUUCUAUGGUUUUUUUGAGACUAGAAGAAUAGGUUCCUUUAGUAAGGCCAACGAGACGAUAUAAAGAAUGUAAACACAGUUUCAGAGGUUUAAAACAUUUUUAGUCGAAUAAAUUAUAUACAAAUUAUGGAUUCCCUAUUCUAAUCGCUGUUAUCUGUAUUAGACAAAGAUGUUUCUUCGGGAGAGUCCGAAUCAGCCGUAUUUAUGAAUAUAUCACAGUAAAUGUCUAUUUGUUUACAUUCUUUAUCUUUUCUCAUUGGCCUAAUUAUAAUUUAAAGUAUUAUAUUCAUGUGGACCUGAUAGAUAUUUCGAAUUAAAUGACUUCGUAGGCAUAAGAAUCAUCUGUUUGAUUUUUAAUCCUGUUUGUAUAAAUAUAAAAUGUGUCUGUUUUCUUACUUAAUUGCAAAUAUCAUUGUCUAUGUGUAAAAUAGCAAACAUACACAGAAACAUAAUUAAAACAGUUUUACUCAAUAUAUCCACCAGUAAUACAAUCCCAGAACUUCACUCAAUGAACUAAAUCAUGCAAUGUAGAUCUCAGGGUUACCAUUUAGUAAUUUGAAAAGUCCUGACAUUUUGAUAAAAGUCCGGACUUUUUAGUUGAUCUCGUUUAAAUUUCGUUUCUCAUUAAGACUUAUUUGCUAUUAGCUAAUAUGCAGUUUUAUUACUAUCGUCCAUCUAAUAAAAAAUAAAAUCUAGACUAGAUGCUAAAAGUCCGGACAUAUCCAGCUUAAUCCGGACGGAUGGUAACCCUACUCUCAGUAUAACCAACUGCACUAUAUUUGUGUUAAUAAAAAUAAUAAUCUCAAGUGUUACUAACUAGGUUAUUAAUUAUUAUGAUGUAUCUAUCAUUGAUGCAAUCUCACACAAGUUUUAUUUUUCACAUCUAAACAUUAAUUUUAGUAUUCUUGUACUAUGGGUGUGAAACAAUUCAUUUAAUACAAAAUACAUAUUAUAUUAACAUACAUAAACACAAAUAUAAACAUUAUUGACUCGGAAAAAACAUUUAUAUUCAUCAUACAAAAUAUGUUUGCACUAUCUAAAAUUUGAUCUUGGGAUUCCCAAUGUAAAGGUCAGGGAUACCAGCCACUGGGUAAUGAUGAUUUGUGUAUUGUAACGUUAUGUUAUUCCCUUAAUUAUAAUUCUGGGAAUUCAAUACUUAAAAUAUUGUUUAAUUCUCAAUAGGAAAAUUUAAAAGUGAGAUACUUCAAAUAAUAAUUACAAUUAAGACAAAUUAUACAUAUUAUUAUUUACAUGUAAGUAUGCUCUAAAAGUCAAAAUCUGUUUUAAAAAGAAUCCAAUUUCACACCAUUUUAAGCCUCACAAUAAGGAUUAUAAGGUAAAUUUAUACAUCUAGAUAAAGCCUCUUUAUGUUAGGCAACACAGCACAUCAGGCCAGGUUUAUAACUUUAUUGUCCAUGACAACGACGUCUUACAUUCGCCAUAUGCCAGUCACUUUGUUUUUGUGUUGCUGAAAAUAAGGCUAACUGUUAGCCGCUAUUUUUUAAACGUUUUCACAGCUCUCACAGUCUAGCUAGACGUAUAAAUUAUCUGAGGUACAGCAACAUAGAGAAGAUUGAGAUGAUUCUAACAAAUAAUAUUGUGAGAAUUGAGAACUUAAACUUGAACUUGAGCGGUUAAACUUUAUUUCUUUCAAAAUUAAAUCUUAUCAUACUUUAGCACAAUCACUAAAUGAAUAUAAUUUAAACACAGCAUUACAUAAUAUGAUAAUAUUAUAUAAAUAUUGUAAAUAUUAAAUUAGGUAUGGAUUCUACGAUUACUUCUUUAUGUCAUGUGUGAUAAUGGGUAUAGAAUUAUUAAAGACUAGAUAUGUAUCACUGCCAAUAUUAUGUGAAUAAAACAUAAUUACAAUUAGAAUAUUACAUUAAAUUUCAUCGGUUUACAAAUGAAAUUCUCAAUACAUUAUAUUUCAUUAGGUGAGGUUGAAUUUGUGUGUUUAUACUAAAAACUAUACUUAGUCAUAGUUCUCGAAAUUGAUCAAGCUCAUUAUAAUAAUGAACAUACGCACAAAGGAAUUCUAAAUAUAUUAUAUUAUACAAAUAAGAAAAUAUCACUCAUAAAUAUAUAAUCUAAAAACCUGUAUCUUGGGAUCCAUGGUCUACACUACUCUACUUGUGAUCACUACUACUGGAAUAAAGAAAUUGUAUGUUUUUAAUCAUUAUAAAUUUAAAAAUUACUGAAACCUACAGAAUAUUAUGUUUUUCUUUAUAUAUUUAUGAUUGUGAUAUAAACUAAAUUAGAUAUUCAGGACUAAUAAGUAAAUAUUAAAGUUAUACACAUGUGUCUAAAAUAAUAAUGAACAUCUUUUUUGGUGUGGAGAGGACAGAAAUAAAUAUAAGUAUCAAUUAAAUAAAUACCUAAUUUAUACAUAAAUUGUAAUUUUGUAGCAGAAUUAGAUAUAAACUUGUGAUGUAGUUAUUAAUGUUAUUUUUAAUGGAUGAAAGGUUGGUUUUACCCAAGUAGAUUCUUGAAUAAUAAAGGCUGUCUCAGUAUAUAAUUCACUUUGAAUUGCCUUAUACCAUGAUUUGGUGUAAAAAAAAUAAAAAAUAAACAGGUAAGAACCUAUAGCACAUUUUGAUCAUCUAAACAUCUGGUCUACAUCAAGAAUGUAUGAAUGAAGUGACUUAUUCCAACCCAGGAAACCAAGUAUAGUUUUAUUUAUUUAUCAAUUAAUGAGUUGAAGGAGUAACCUGUUAUUUUUAUUUCUAUGAACUAGAUAAUGUGUAUGGAAAUGGCUCAUCCAUACCAAUAAGGCCACAUCAUAAUGAUGUAUUUUGUAAAUUAUGUUAUGGAUUAAAUAAAACAUUACAAAGACAAAA